AGUCCAGGCCAGAGGCGACGCUCCCCUUCCAGCUGAAGGAUGGUUGUGCUAAGGCAGUUCGGGCUGCUUCUCUGGAAGAACUACAUUUUGCAGAAGCGACAGAUUCUGGUAACGCUCAUAGAAAUCUGCUUGCCACUGCUGUUUGCCGCCAUCCUCAUUGCGCUCCGCCACCGAGUGCACUCGAUCAGCCACCCCAAUGCCACCAUCUACCCCAGCCAAUCUGUGGACGAACUGCCGUGGUUCUUCCACCGCUGGCAUCCCCGUCCCUGGGAGCUGGCUUACGUCCCGUCCAACAGCACGGCCGUGAGGCGCAUCGCCGAGGUGGUGGAAAAGGCCCUGCAUGUCAAUAUCAAAGCUCACGGCUUCCCCUCGGAGAGGGCGUUUGAGGACUACAUGAAGUUUGAUAACCGCUCGGGGAACGUGCUGGCUGCCCUGGUUUUCAAGCACCACUUCAAUCAGAGCCAGGACCCCCUGCCGCUGCAGGUUAAUUACCAGCUGCGCUUCAAAUACAGCCCUCGGAACGCCCCCCGGAGCGAGCAGACCGGCCUGAACCCCAACCUGGACCGCGACUGGCACACCAGCUACCUCUUCCCGUUGGAGUGUCAAUCCCUCAGGGCGGGUUUGCUAGAGGCCCCCGCUGAGGCCCAGCCCAGUUGUGCUGAACAGCGCAGGCAUGUUCUGUCUGUACAGCGUCUAGCGCUGCCGGGUCCUGCCCCACAGCCGAGUUCCCGCUCGUUAUGCUCACACACGUUGGCCUCUCGCCGCAGCUGGUGCUGUGUCCUGCAGUGCCUCACGCCUCGGCACGGGCUUUCUCCCGCAGGGUACCUCCGGGAGGGGUUCCUGGCCGUGCAGCAUGCUGUGGACAUAGCCAUCAUGCAGUACCACGCCAACGCCUCGGCCGCCGGCCUGCUGGAGGGGGUGACGGUGGCCGUGCGGCGCUUCCCCUACCCGCCCUACGUCAACGACCUCUUCCUCCUGGCCAUCCAGAACCAGCUGCCCCUGCUGCUCAUGCUCAGCUUCACUUACACCUCGCUCAACAUCGUCCGCGCCGUGGUGCACGAGAAGGAGAAGAAGCUGAAGGAGUACAUGCGCAUGAUGGGCCUCAGCAACUGGCUGCACUGGAGUGCCUGGUUCCUCAUGUUCUUCCUCUUCCUCCUGGUCUCCAUCUUCUUCGUCACCGUGCUCUUCUGUGUCAAGGUGAGCCAGCAGGGGGCGGUGCUCACCAACAGUGACCCAACCCUGGUCUUCACCUUCCUGGCCAUCUUCUCCAUCUCCUCCAUCUCCUUCAGCUUCAUGGUCAGCACCUUCUUCUCCCGAGCGAACGUGGCCGCUGCGGCCGGGGGCUUCCUUUACUUCUUCUCCUACAUCCCCUACUUCUUCAUCUCGCCGCGCUACGACCUCAUGUCCCACAGCCAGAAGCUGGCGUCCUGCCUCAUCUCCAACGUCGCCAUGGCCAUGGGGGCGCAGCUCCUAGGCAUGUUCGAAGGGAAAGGUGAGUGGCAGGAACCCUCGUACUGGUGCGGGACGCCCCAAACCGCCCUGGGGAAGGAGAAGGAGGAGGAGGAGGACCCGGAGAAGGCCCUGAAGAGCCAGUACAUCGAGGAAGAGCCUGCUGAUCUGGUGUCAGGGAUCAAAAUAAAGCACCUCUCCAUGGUGUUCAAAGUGGGGAACAAGACCAGGGAGGCCGUGAGGGACUUGACCCUGAACAUGUACGAGGGGCAGAUCACAGUGCUGCUGGGACACAACGGUGCUGGGAAGACGACCACCCUGUCCAUGCUCACAGGGCUGUACCCGCCCACCAGCGGCCAGGCCUACCGUGAGCAGGGCCCCGUGCGAAGGGGCUGCCACCGGGGAGGGGCUGAGCCCGGCCCCGGGGGGAGCCCUGCGGGAGGGAUUCACUGGGAAGCGUGGGGGGAGGGAGGAGGGGGCGUGGCCUUCCCCUGGGAGCAGCGUGAGCAGGGCCCCGUGCGAAGGGGCUGCCCGGGUGUCCCAGCCCCUUUCUCGAGCGUUAACCCCCCCCCCUCGCCGCCAGCUGAAGGGCUACCCCCCGCUGAAGUGCCCGGAGGAGAUCGCCCGCAUCGUGAGGCUGCUGCGGCUGGGUCCAAGGCGCUGUCCGGGGGCAUGAAGCGCAAGCUGUCCAUCGGCAUCGCGCUCAUCGGCGACUCCAAGGUGGUGAUGCUGGACGAGCCGACGUCGGGGAUGGACCCAGCCUCCCGCAGGGCCACCUGGGACCUGCUCCAGCAGCAGCGGAGCAGCCGAACCAUCCUGCUGACCACCCACUUCAUGGACGAGGCGGACCUGCUGGGCGACCGCAUCGCCAUCAUGGCGCAGGGCGAGCUGCAGUGCUGCGGCUCCUCGCUCUUCCUCAAGCACAAAUACGGGGCCGGCUACCACAUGGUGAUGGUGAAGGAGCCGCACUGUAACCUUGGGGAGAUCUCCCGGCUCGUUUGUCAGUACGUGCCCAAUGCCACCCUGGAGAGCAACGCGGGGGCAGAGCUGUCCUUCAUCCUGCCCACGGAGAGCACGCACAGGUUCGAGGCGCUGUUCACGGAGCUGGAGCAGAAGCGAGAGGAGCUGGGGAUCGCUAGCUAUGGUGCCUCUGUCACCACGAUGGAGGAGGUCUUCCUCAGGGUCGGCAAGCUGGUGGACUCCAGCAUGGGCAUCCAGGCCAUCCAGCUCCCGGCACUGCAGUACCAGCACGAGCGGCGCUCCAACGACUGGGCCGUGGACGACUCCAGCAGCCUGAGCGGCAUGACGGACAUGACGGACGACAGCGGGGCGCUGAUCACGGAGGAUUGCUCCAGCAUCAAACUGAACACGGGGUUCUACCUGUGCUGCCAGCAGUUCUACGCCAUGUUCAUGAAGAGGGCCGUGUACAGCUGGCGCAACUGGAAGAUGGUGGCAGCGCAGUUCCUGGUGCCGCUGAUUUUCACCACCCUCGCGCUGGCAGUGGCCAAGACCUUCCCCGGGCCGCGAGAUUCCGCGCUGCUGAGGCUGACGCUGGACCCGUACGGCCGGACUGUCGUGCCCUUCUCGGCCGCCCGGGUGCUGGCAGACAACGCCCUCUUCCGGCUGCUGGCCGGGCCCAAUGCGUCCAUCACGGUCACCAACUACCCGCAGCCCCGGAACAUCACGGAGACAGCGAAGGACCAGCUCAUGGAGGGCCAGACGGGGUUUGCCAUCGCCAUCAACUUGCUCUAUGGGAUGGCCUCCCUGUCCAGCACCUUCGCGCUCCUGCUGGUCAGCGAGCGAGCCCUCAAGGCCAAGCACGUGCAGUUCGUCAGCGGGGUCUACGUGGCCAACUUCUGGCUCUCGGCCCUGGUGUGGGACCUCAUCAACUUCCUCGUUCCCUGCGCGCUGAUGCUGCGAGCCCUCAAGGCCAAGCACGUGCAGUUCGUCAGCGGGGUCUACGUGGCCAACUUCUGGCUCUCGGCCCUGGUGUGGGACCUCAUCAACUUCCUCGUUCCCUGCGCGCUGAUGCUGGUGAGUCGCCCCGAGGCGGGACCCGGGGAGCCCCUCGUGUCUACGGCCCCCCAUCCACGAGUGCUGGCAGGGAGAGACUGCGGAUUCCUUCCUUCUGCCUUGCACCGAAGGGCCGAUUCCUUUUCCCUCCCCGAGCUGGGAUCAGCCAGCUGGCUCCACCCGGCCGCUGCCCAGCUGAGCUCGUCUCUUGCAGAGCUGGGCCUCCUGGACCUCUCCAGGACCCUGGAUAAAAUCUUCCUGGUCUUGCCCAACUACUGCCUGGGCCAGUGCAUCAGCGACUUCUACCAGAACUACGAGUUCAUUCAGUUCUGCACCUCCUCCGUGGAAGCCAUCAUCAUCUGCAAAGCCUUCAGUGAGUGUCCGAGGAAGAAUUACUUCUCGUGGGAGACUCCGGGGAUCGGACAGUAUCUGACCUCCCUGGCUGCCCAGGGCACCGCCUUCCUCCUCCUCCUCUUCUUCAUCGAAACCAACCUCCUCUGGAGGCUGAGGACCGUUGUCUGCGGCGUCUGCCGGCGGCGGAAAUGGGCACUGCUGCUGAACAGGACGCCAGUGCUGCCGGAGGACCGGGACGUGGCGGACGAGAGGAAGAAGGUUUUGGAGUCCCCGCCAGAGCUGCUGUCCUCCCUGAGCAGCCCCCUGGUCAUCAAGGAGCUCACCAAGGUGUACGACACCCAGGAGUCCCUGCUGGCUGUGGAUAGGAUUUCCCUGGCGGUCAGCCAAGGCGAGUGGUUUGGCCUGCUGGGGUUCAACGGGGGCGUCCAGCAGCGGAUUGGCUACUGCCCGCAGUUUGACGCCCUGUUGGAUCACAUGACGGGCCGGGAGACGCUGAGCAUGUACGCCCGGCUCCGGGGCAUCCCCGAGCGCUACAUUGGCAGCUGCGUGGAGAACAGGCUGCGGGGGCUGCUCCUGGAGCCCCACGCCGACAAGCUAGUGAGGUCCUACAGCCGGGUCCGGGCCCAGCUGCUGCCUCCUGCCCACGGCCCCUGUCCCCGCAGCAUGGAGGAGUGCGAGGCCUUGUGCACCAGGCUGGCCAUCAUGGUGAACGGGCAGUUCAAGUGCCUGGGCAGCCCCCAGCACCUGAAGAGCAAGUUUGGCAGCGGCUACACCCUGCUGGCGAAAACGCGGGCGGAGGAGGAGGGCGACGUGCAGGUCUUCAAGGCCUUCGUGGAGAAGACGUUCCCAGGCAGCGUCCUCAAGCACGAGCACCAAGGCAUGGUCCAUUAUCACCUGACCAGCAAGAACCUCAGCUGGGCACAGGUGAGGGCAGAGCCGAGGGGUGGGAGCGCAGCAGGGAGUGCAGGGCCCUGCCUUGCCAGGCCACGCGCACGGCCACGGCCACGCCACUUACUGGGUGCGCUUAACGGCGCCAAGGAGAAGUUCCGCGUGGAGGAUUCCUCCGUCAGCCAGAUCUCCCUGGAGCAGGUCUUCAUGAGCUUCACCCGCUUCCAGCACUGCGCGGAGGAGCGCGGGAAGUGAGCGGAGCCGGCUGGGGGGGCUCAGCUGCCGCCGAGGCCCCGCGGCGCGAGACAGUAAUUCAAACGAUGGCGUGUGUCGUCAGUACGGUGUCGGUGUCGGGACGGGGGCUGUCUGCGCCUCGC